AUGGCGCAGCAGACAUCGUCUUUGGGCGAUACGAAUGUCUGGAAUCCCGCGUUUUGGCCAGAGGAUGAUUCGCAUCGUACUGCAGCAGCCCCGACGGAAGGUGGUUUGGCGGAUCUCCUGGCCGCUGCAAACCCAAAGCAUGGCCAUACAUCCGACCUGAAAUCGCCGCUGUCUGACGGAGACUUUUCCGCAUGGGAUAUGCCACUCGACACAACCGCGAUAAUUCCUGAAGAUUCUAACGAGCCGGCCCCCGUGGUGGAGAACCCUCCGGUUCAGGAUACUGCAGAAGCUGGCGGCUUUGAGAAUGUGAAUCACGCAACAAGCCAGGACCUCAACGAGCCCUUACUCCCCGUAAAAUCCACAGAAGAUUCAUCGGAUUCAAAUUCCACCGGUGUCGGACCUGCACAAGCGCUGCCGCCCCCUGCUGAACCUACCGAGAUCCCGGUCGAAACUACAUUAUCAUCCGCCGACGCUCAAGAUUCCAUAUCGGCACCGCCUGCCAAUGAUGUCCAGUCGACAAACCCUCAGGAAUCCUUGACCUUGGCUGAAGUGGUGAACGCGGAAUAUAAGACUGUACCCGCUAUCGAAACGACUGGACAACCCGCCGACCCCAAGGAAUCGCGCGUCGAGGCGGCUGCGGUUGCUGAACCGAAGCAACCUCAAGCCGAACAACAGCCUGCUCCUGAAGUCGAAACUAUCUUGCAUGAAGUGCAAGACAGCCUUCCAGACCCGAUUGUGACAUUCGAGCAGCUGCAGCCCGAACAGUCCCAACUUGAGAAGCCACAUCCCGAGCCAUUUCAAGCUGAGCAGCUACCCACGCCUCCAAUUGGGCUAGGGCACGUGGUUGUCAGUCAAGCUCCGACUACGGCAGCAGCUGCAGCAACGACAGAUGUUCCACUUUUCGAGACUGAGGCACCUACCGUGGAGACGAACACCAACGACGCUGACCUUUGGGGUGUUGAAGCGCACAAAGAUGUGGAUUCAGAUGGGGAUGACUUCUUCAAUCAAUUGAAGACCCAAACGAAGCCGAUUUUCGCCCCACCAGAGGCCGAGUCCCGGUUUGAAGAAGGAGUCUCUCUCUUGGAGGAGGACAGCCCGAUUUCUCCGGUGCGCGCAGAGCAGCCGCAAAGAGCUGCCCAUGACCCUUUUGCCAGCGAUGAGGAUGACGCAGAAGGAUUUUUCAGCUCGGCUCAAAAUCCAGAGCGGAGCCAGGAACCUUCUCUGCAUAUUACUCGCAAGAGCACAUCCCAGGUGUUGGAAUCAGUAGGGUUUAGCGUAGACUCUCCAUCAAGUGAUUCAUCAGCAGCCGCUCAGUUUGAUGACAUUCUCAAGGCCGCGGCCACAUCGGGACCUACAGAAUCGUCAAUUCAGACGGAAGCCGGAGAGCCUUCCGAGGAAGACCUUGCCGCGCGGUGGGAAGCAGAAUUGAGCGAGACCGGGGAAGAUGAGCUGGCUGCUAGGUGGGAGGCCGCGUUGGAUCUAGAAGACGAUGAUAUGCUCUUGGAAGAUGAUGCACCUGCUCAGCCACAGGCCUCUGGGCAGCAGUACGUUCCACAGAGCCCGUUCCCAUCUACAACCAAUGCCGGCCCUACUGGCUUGAAUAGCCCGUUCGAGACUUCACAGAGCCAGACUCGGCCUGGUGCUGUCCCUGGCAUGUAUACGCCCCAUCAACCACCCACCGCGGACUUAGUUGGAGGAAUAUCUGUACCUGGAGCGCCACCGUCGGUGAACGCUUCAAUUCCGCCAUUUUUCUCCCAGCAGCCAUCAAAUCCUGUCGCAACCCGAGGAGAGAGCUUUGCUGAACGGUCAAAGGAGGGCUAUAAGUCUCCGUAUGAUCUGCCAGACGACUUGUCUCGGCCCCGGAAGUUCACGGCUACUCAUAAGGCUCCCCUGCCUGUGAGCAGCAUGCCUCCACCUCCGCUACCCAACAAGGGCAUGCCUCAGUAUGGUGCCCUUCCAGCAGCAACCGCCCCUCCCGCUGCACCAACGGCCCCACCUGCUCCGAAGAACUUCUACGAAGAGCUGCCCUUGCCGGUUCCAAAGUCUCGACCAGCGACGAGCUCAGGGCGAUACUCACCUAACCCUGCCGCGGCGCCGACAACUGGACCGACGCUUGCUCCUCCGCCGCAAAAUCCAUAUGCAGCCGCUGCUCCUCCUGCCGCGGUCUCAAGUAUCGUGCCUUCCCUACCCUCCCUGCAGCCGCCGGAGCUCUUGGACCCGUAUGCUGCCCCUCCUACAUUGGCCUCAAGUGCACCGGGUGGUCCACCUGUUGCUUCCCGAUAUUCUCCCAAGCCGCAAGAUUUACAGCCAUUGGCAAAGCCGCCUUCACAGCCGCGGUACUCACCAGCGCCUCCCCCCUCGGGGCCGGCCGCUCGCAAUCGCUAUGCCUCUCAGCCCCUGACUGUCCCAGGUCACGUCAACAACUUGCCAUUCCAGCCUCGUACUUCAAGUCCUCUUGCGUACCACGAAAAGGUCUCAUACCAGCCUGACGAGGCCCAUGCCCGGCAGCCACAGCCGCCUUCGCUGCAACCCUCGGUUGAUCUCUCUCCGCCUCGUGCGCAGCGACCUAGUGUUGAUCAGGGCUCACCUUACGCUGCUCACCUGCCCAAUGGUCUUGCCAAUGUCGACGGACCAAGCCCUCCGGUGGCUCACCGGCAGACUCCCCCGCCCCCUAAAAACCGCUACGCACCCCCGGAGUAUGUCAACGAAUUUGCUCAGCGUGUUGCACCAAACAAUGCCUACGCCCCGGUUCAAGCAACGGCUGUGCCAUCGUACCCAGCUACCGAUUCUCAAGCUGCACCUCGUCGGUCCUUAACUUCGUCUCCCGGCCAGCAAAUGACAAGCCCACGAGCGAUUGUGCCGCCAAUUACAACUCUGCCCCGUUCAGCUUCUGUGCAUGGCUCUAGCUCCCCUACCAAAACAAUCAACAUGUACGAACCUGCACCACCCUCCAUGCAAAGUCGCGCUCGUGCUCUUUCCCAACAUCUUGAGUUCAUCGCUCCCACUGAUGGGCAAGAACAAGACCCCCUCCAACGAUGGAAGGGUGCUCCUAUCUUCAAAUUCGGCUUUGGUGGCGCUGUUGUUUCUUGCUUCCCUCAGCAGAUUCCUCGUUACGCUGCCGGCCAAGUCACCCCGAUGAUCAAGCCUAGUCCUGGCGAGCCCAGGUUUUCGCACAUCAACCAGUGGGUUCCAUCUCCGGAGACUAUUGUUCAGCACCCAGGACCUCUCAAGUCCAAGUCUAAAAAGAAGGAUGUGCUCGCCUGGCUCUCGAGCAAAAUUGCUGUGUUCGAAAACGAAAUGCCUCCUGGGUUUGACCGGUCUCAUCCUGUCACACAGAAGCGUUACGAAGAAAAGAUCCUGCUUUGGAAGGUCGUGAAGAUUCUGGUUGAGAACGAUGGUAAUUUGGAGGGAUCGCCCGCUGUCCAGAACUCCCUCCGUCAGGUCUUCGUGCCAAAACUCACUGAGCCUGGGCCCGAGGGUUCUCUGAUGAGUCCUUUUGGAACGUCUGGCGGCUUCGCCUCCCUAGGUGUACCCUCCCAGCCGGAUGUAGCUGCCGAUCCCCAGUGGACGGAAGAGCUACGGGAUUAUCUGCUUCUGGGCGAACGGGAAAAGGCGGUUUGGGCCGCUGUUGACCGCCGCCUUUGGGGACAUGCAAUGAUUCUUGCGUCUACUAUGGAUCGGUCCAUUUGGAAACAGGCUGUUCAAGAAUUCGUUCGACGUGAGAUCAGAUCAACAACUACCAAUACCGAGUCGCUUGCGGCGCUCUACGAGAUCUUUGCUGGGAAUGUCGAGGAAAGCGUUGAUGAACUUGUACCCCCAUCUGCACGGGCCGGUCAUCAAUUAAUUAGUAGGGCUGAUGGCCAUGGCUCCUCCAAGAAUGUGCUAGAUGGCUUGGAUAGCUGGAGGGAUACUGUCGGAUUGGUACUUAGCAACCGAAGUUCUGAGGACCACCAGGCAUUACUCGCUCUUGGCCGCCUGCUGGCUUCUUAUGGUCGCGUGGAGGCGGCGCAUAUUUGUUUCAUCUUCUCUCGCGGGGCUACCUUUGGUGGCGCAGAUGAUCCUCAAGCAAAUAUUGUGCUCCUUGGUGCUGAUCACCAACGCCUUCCUUGCUCACUGAUGGAUGAAGACGCCAUUCUUCUGACUGAGAUCUACGAAUUUGCCACUUCUGUUCUAGCCAAUUCUCCUGUGGCUAGCUUCCCAUAUCUCUUGGCUUUCAAGCUUCUCCAUGCCAAGCAGCUUGCCGACAGGGGAUACAAGUCCGAGGCUCAGACAUAUUGUGAUGUGGUUGCAGCAUCUCUUAAAGCGACCACUCGACCCUCACCUUAUCACCAUCAACACUUGUUCAUUGAGGUGGAUGAACUUUCUGCUCGACUUCGCCAGACAGCCACUGAUGGUGGUUCUUGGAUCUCGAAGCCGAGCAUGGAGAAGGUCUCUGGAUCUAUGUGGGCUCGCUUCAACAGCUUCGUCGUAGGUGACGAUAGUGAUGCUGCCUCGACAGCCUCGGGCAAAGCCGGCGAGACCGCAGACUUUGGACCCUUCGCCAACGUGGCAGGAACUCCAACCGUCAGCCGCUCCCCAUCCGUGUCUGAUUUGUAUGGCUCCUACCCGGGUGCAGUCUCAGCUCAGCCUAUUCCGGCGCCUGCCGGUGGCUCUUCAAGAUAUUUGCCUAACCAGUAUGCGCCAAAUGCAUCUCCAGAACAAUUUCGUGGAAGAUCAUCAAUGGACUCGCAGAGAUCUACUUCAUUCGGUGGUGUUCCAUUUGGACAACGUCGAACCUCGCAAGAAUAUCCCGCUUCGCCAGUCGAGAGCUACGCGCCCAUGUACGGCUCGCCUGGCACUACUACUGGGUAUCAACCGACCCCGCCUCAGACAUCUUACAUGCCGCUUGCUCCAGUUGAUGAGGAUUCGACUACUCAAUCGCCCGCAAAUGUGGCUCCUGCGGCUCAACCUGCUGUGAAUGGCCUAUUUUACCAGCCACCAGGGCAACAGGACCAGACAUCAGAUAUCCAGUCGCCUUAUUAUCAGGGCCCGCCUGACAUGCCGCAGCCAGAGGCUUCUGCUUAUAUGCCUCCACCUAGCCAUGCUUAUGCACCCACCUCGUAUACUCCGGCUAUGAACCCCCCCCCCGAGCAGCCAGGUCAGCCCUCUGCAAUGGACGAGGAACCGCAGCCCAAGAAGAAAUCAUUUAUGGAUGAUGAUGAGGACGAUGAUCUCGCCUCUCGGGCCGCUGCCAUGCAAAAGUCUGAAAAUGACCGCAAGGCGGAUGAGGCAUUCCGAAAGGCCGCUGAAGAGGAUGCUAAGAGAGAUGCCCAACAAACCACGAAGAAGGGAUGGUUCGGCGGCUGGUUUGGAGGUGGCAAGAAGGAAGCCGAGAACGCUGGCGGCGGUCCUAUCAAGGCCAAGCUCGGCGAGGACAGUUCUUUUUACUAUGAUAAAGACCUGAAGAAGUGGGUCAAUAAGAAGGACCCCAACUCUGCCGCUGCCGUUCGUGCGACGCCGCCUCCUCCACGAGGCUCUGCGCCGCCUAGUCGGGCUGCCAGCUCUGGCAGCAUGCCUCCUCCAUCUGGGCCUCCCAUGUCUGCCGCAGGGAGCCGACCCCAGUCCUCUUCCAGCGAUAUGCCACCGCCUUUUUCAUCCAGCCCUGCACUGUCGGGGCUGGGCGGGCCACCCCCUCUCGGUAGCUUGCCUCGUUCCGUCUCUACUGGUGCGGCUGUUCCAACACCGCCUGGUAGCUCGGCUGGCCCACCUCCGCCGCGACCUUCGUCCUCUUUGACCCAUGCCAGUUCUAUUGACGACCUUCUCGGCGCUCCCACUGCGCGCAAGGGCAACACUAUCAAGGGCAAAAAGAAAGGCCGAUAUGUUGAUGUCAUGGCUCAGUAA